AUUUAUCUUCGUAAUGUGCAUUUUCACAUUAUCAAUACAAUUUCUCACAUUCUUUCAAAGAAUAAAAACCAAACAUUGCCAACUCCAUCAUGAUUACUACUAUUAUUAAAAGCUUUGUUCUCUUUGCUCACUCUAUGCCAAAUCCAAAGAUAUCAUUUUUAUUUGAAAUUCUGAAUGAUUUAUUUAAUACCCUAUUCUUUAUCACCCAAAUAUGUCGAUCGCAAUUAGAUUAAAGUACAAUCAUAAUCCCACUUAAUCCAUGAUUUCCAUGUCCUUUUUCGAUAAUUAGCACACGAUUUAGCAUUGAAGUUGAUGUCACCAAUAAUGGAGAUUGGGAAAUGGAAACUGGAAAAUGAUGUUGUUGUCUACUAGCUUGGAGGUUGGUGGCUUUUUUUAGCUCAUUUCGUCAUCGUCUGGUGCGAUGAAUUCAUAAGUCACAAAUAUCUUGCUUUGUACUAACCAUUCAACGUUUGUCAGCGAACUCUGUUAAAUAACACAAUAAUCUACAGUUUACAGCCCUGAGCAGUAAAAAACUUGUUGCAAAAACGGCCUUUUCAGAAUUUCUUUAGAAAUUCUUGUUUUAUGUCUUGAUUGGUGCAAACAAGUGUGUCAAAGUCGAAGAUUUUUCUAAUUGUUAUUACUUUUUGUUUAUUCCUAUUACAAACGAUGCUGACGCGAAAUAAAAAAUUGGAUCUUUCUUCCAUAUUGUUUUAAGGUUGAGUAUGAACUUUGGACUCUUUGGACCAAUAAGAGCUGCCUUUUUGUCUGAGCCAGUCCGGACCGGAGUAGAUAGAUUGGCCAGUGUACUUCUGCAGAUUUUGUCAGGAAAUAAUUGAGCGAAUAAUAUUAUGCUUUGAAGGAAUCAUUUUAUGCUGUCAUUGCUGUUGUUGUCUCAACUUUGAUGUCAUUGUUAUUUGUUCCGGGGUGGGAUUGUUGAGGGGGAAACCAUGAAACAAGAGAUUGAAGAAGCCAGUGUUAGAUUGAUAAGUAGAAACAGUGGGGGAAGUGGGGAGCCCAGAUGGGUUGAUGGAAGUGAGGUGGACUCAGGGUCACCACCAUGGUCAUUGCUUGGUGAUGAUGAAAUCAAGGAAGGUUAUGGAUCUAUUAGGAGAAGGCUUGCCAAGCGGCCAAAGAGAGUGGACUCUUUUGAUGUUGAAGCUAUGGAGAUUUCUGGAGCUCAUGGACAUCAUAAAAAGGUUCAACUUGAAACUGGCAGUCUUUUCCUCCUUUUUCUGAUGUCUCAUUUCUUCAUCAUUGACGCACUUUUACUUGGUAUGACUUUUUUUUUUGGUCUGUGUCUUUUGUGUUGUAAGUGGAGGUUAUGCAUAUGUCGGGAGAAUAAAGUUCAGGUGCUUUUUAGGGUUAAGUAUUUUGGGGGGGCGAAUUUGGUCUCGGAUUCUGCAUUAUUGCCUCCAAAACUCUUAUCCAUUAUCAGGACACUUUAUUGUUUUAGUUGAUGAUACUUCUCCCUUCACUGGAGCGAUAGAACAUGUCUGAAAAAAUUGUUUUAAGAGUUGCAUUUGUGUAAUUUAGUACUUCAACACCUCCUUUUUUUGGCUUGAACACUUGGAAAGCUGGUUUCUCUCCCUUCUGAAUUAUUUUUUCUGGUGGGAAAGGUUUCACUCUUCAAUCUUCUCCUUUCUGGAGAGAUUAAAACUGAACAAAACUACGAUUAAUCUUCAUCCCUUGCCACCUUUGCCUCAAAGAUCACCUACAUUAAUUUCGUGUUUCUAGGACAAGUUCAAAACUUCAUGUAUCCCUCAUCACUUCUGCUCAUUGAGUCCUUUUUCAUGAGAAAAAUUAGUAAAGGUGAAAUAAACCUGUCUUAUUUAUUGAAAAUUCCUUGCUCUAGUCAAAAAAUUGCUUCCGGUUCUAAGACUAAGUGGAGGAGAAAAUCUUUCGAAUUUCAUUAUUGUGGUAAUUAUACCAACUUCUUUUAAUGAGUGUAAAUGAAACAGUGCGUUAUUAAAAGGAUCAGGUUCACGGGGAUAAGCCUGCUAAGUAAAUUUCGUGGUAGGCAAUUGGCUCAACUAUUAGGAAAAGCAUGUAACACUAUUCUGAGAUUCAUCUUUACUCGCUACUGUUUGAGAAAAAUUAAUUGCGUAGCAUAUAGAUUUUGAUUUUCAUAUUGUUUCUGUUUGAAUAUCAGGAUGCUUCUCUGUGGCAAACACUUGCAUUGGCAUUUCAAACUUUGGGGGUGGUCUAUGGUGAUAUGGGCACAAGCCCUCUGUAUGUCUUUUCUGAUGUGUUUAGCAAAGUGUCCAUCACAUCAGAGGUUGACGUCCUGGGAGCAUUAUCACUAGUUAUGUACACAAUUGCUCUCAUUCCCUUACUUAAGUAUGUUUUCAUUGUGCUGAAAGCAAACGACAAUGGGGAAGGAGGAACAUUUGCAUUGUAUUCGCUGAUCUGUAGAUAUGCAAAAGUUAGCCUUCUUCCAAAUCGGCAACAGGCUGAUGAGUAUAUCUCCAGUUUUAAGCUCAAACUACCUACUCCAGAACUUGAAAGGUCUUUGAAUAUUAAGGAGGCUUUGGAGCGUAAAUCAUCCCUCAAAACCCUUCUGUUGCUCAUAGUUCUGACUGGAACAUCCAUGGUAAUUGGGGAUGGUAUUUUGACUCCAGCAAUAUCAGUUAUGUCAGCUGUUAGUGGUCUGCAAGGUCCAAUCAAGGGAUUUGGGACAGGGGCUCUUGUUAUCACCUCGAUAGUUAUCCUUGUGGGACUGUUCAGCAUACAGCGGUUUGGGACAAGUAAAGUUGGUUUCACAUUCGCUCCUGCACUUGCUUUAUGGUUUUUUAGUUUGGGGUCCAUUGGCAUCUACAAUCUGAUCACACAUAAUGUUACUGUUGUAAGGGCUUUGAAUCCAAUUUACAUAUACCUUUUCUUCCAAAAGAAUACCAGUAAGGCAUGGUCUGCUCUCGGUGGAUGUGUCUUAUGCAUUACAGGAGCUGAAGCAAUGUUUGCUGAUUUGGGCCACUUUUCUGUGCCAUCAAUACAAAUUGCUUUCACUAGUGUGGUAUUUCCGUGUCUUCUCUUUGCAUACAUGGGACAAGCUGCAUACCUUACCAAAAACCCUCAUUCUGUUGAUCGGAUAUUCUAUGAUUCUGUUCCAGAUCCUCUAUUCUGGCCAGUUUUCGUGAUAGCCACAAUUGCUGCUAUAAUUGCUAGUCAGGCUAUGAUAUCCGCUUCUUUUUCAUGCAUCAAGCAGUCUAUGGCGCUUGGAUGCUUUCCCAGAUUGAAGAUAGUUCACACGUCCAGGAAGUUGAUGGGCCAAAUUUAUAUUCCUGUCAUCAAUUGGUUUUUGAUGAUUAUGUGCAUUCUCGUGGUUGCUUCAUUUCAAAGCACUACGGAUAUAGCUAAUGCUUAUGGAAUUGCAGAGGUGGGUGUUAUGAUUGUGAGCACUAGUUUGGUGACCCUCGUGAUGCUUCUAAUUUGGCAAACCAACCUGUUUCUUGCUUUAUGUUUUCUUAUGGUGUUUGGAACCGUUGAGCUCAUUUACCUUUCUGCGGUUUUAUCCAAGAUUAUGGAGGGGGGUUGGCUUCCACUUGUGUUUGCCUCUUUCUUCCUUUGUAUAAUGUAUACCUGGAACUAUGGGAGUGUGCUUAAAUAUCAAAGUGAAGUCCGGGAAAAAAUCUCAAUGGAUCUCAUGCUUGAGCUAGGCUCUAGCCUAGGAACAGUAAGAGUGCCGGGUGUUGGAUUAUUGUAUAAUGAACUUGUUCAAGGCGUUCCAUCCGUGUUUGGACGGUUCUUGCUGGAACUUCCAGCUAUACAUUCCACUAUUGUGUUUGUCUGCAUUAAAUAUGUCCCAGUCCCAGUUGUGCCUCAAGAAGAAAGAUUUAUGUUCCGGAGGGUUUGUCCAAAAGAUUACCACAUGUUCCGCUGUGUUGCUCGCUAUGGCUAUAAAGAUGUCAGGAAGGAAGAUCACCAUGCAUUUGAGCAACUUCUCGUGGAGAGCCUAGAGAAGUAUUUGAGGAAGGAAGCUCAGGAACUUGAAUUGGAGAGCAAUGUGCAUGAACCUGAGUUGGAUAGCAUUUCUGUUUUAUCGAGGGAUUCAGGACCUGCAGAUGUAGAUACUAUUGGAGAGCUAAGGAUCCCGUUGAUGCAUGAUGAUAGAAUGGAAGAAGCAGGAACUUCAAUGUCCGAAGAAACUCCUGCAUUGCCAGCUAGUGUCAUGUCAAUAGACGAGGAUCCUAGCCUGGAGUAUGAGCUUUCAGCCCUGAAAGAAGCUACUGAUUCCGGAUUUACAUACUUACUUGGGCAUGGUGAUGUGAGGGCAAAGAAAACGUCCUGGUUCCUUAAAAAGCUAGUCAUAAACUACUUCUAUGGAUUCCUAAGAAGGAACUGCAGAGGUGGUGCUGCAACAAUGAAAGUUCCUCACACGAAUAUAAUGCAAGUUGGGAUGACUUACAUGGUCUGAUCCCUCAGAGUCUCACCUUGUAAGUCCGCAGCUUUAUAAUCCUUAUGCCACGUAUUUUAUUUUAUUUUUUUUUCCGCAAUGGCAUGAUAUAGAUUACUUAGGAACUGUUAGUCUCUUGUAGCACGACGUGAUUAGGUUAAAUUAAAAUAUCCAUCGGUCACUGCUAACUCUCCGAUAUACUAGUUGAGUUAUUAAUUUACGUACUAUUGAGCAUUAUUCACAGUCUUGAUAAUAUCUUCAGAUGUAUAACUUGAGUUAUGAAUACACGCACGAAGCCGCUUACCACAAUUCCUUAAAAGCGACACUUGCCAAUGAUUAAAGAGUCAAUUUCUGCAGUCUCUUUUGUAAAAGGCUGUUCAGAUGUUUGGUAUGUCAUACAAAGUAGGUGUCACUGAUGUUCCAAGCUUCCACAAGUUGAAACUCUUGUAUUAGGGAUAAUAAUCGGCAUUCUAAAUGGAUCUAAUGCGAUCAAUGACCUAGUUUCAUAGUCGGUCGGGUGCAUAUAAUAAUAAAGGAAUAAUUUUAGAAUUUUAUGCUUAUGAAUUGAAUUGCUCUUUCCAUUACCAAGAACUCUCGACUAAGGAAACCAAAGCAGCUUACUACUUUUAUCAUAUUUUAUUUUAUUUUUUUUUAAUAAUUUUAUAUUGUUAACUUGGGAAAACACGGACAGUUUUUGCCGAAGGUGGU